CAGCUACUGUUGAUAGUCUCACACAGUUUGAAAAAGAAUACAGCAAUACUGCACAACAUACUUCUUUUAAUAAACAACUGGUUGGCGAGAAGAUGUCCUCGAAAGAUAUGAGUAUGCAUACACCAGAAAAGAUUGUAGCCAGAGGUAAACCGACCGAGAUAACUGGUGAUGGCAUAGAAGCAGCUAAUCUGUGGGGAGAUCAUGCUGAUAUGGGACAUCAUUUUAGUCGGGAUACUCCCAAGCCUGCGUUGUCAACUGAUGUUGAAUGUGAUCUAGUUGUGCCAAGUUCCACCAGUACAGUUAAUGAUUCUCAUAAGGAACCAAUUGUCCCUAAAACAGAUAAAAGAGACAUUGCUGGUGGUACUGGUGAGAGGACCUCCCCUGACAUUCUUUCUGAUUUCUUUGCCAACGCUAACGCUGUAGUGCAAUCACGUCCUUUUAAUGAUCCUGUCCUUAGCUUGAACAUGCCUAACUAUGAACCCCAGAGGUGGUCAUUCUUCAGAAAUCUUGCACAAAAUGAGUUUCAACAUAAAGACCGGGACAACCUGGCAAAGAUUGAGGAAGGAUCUUAUCCUUUUGGACGUUUAGAGCACGAUGCAUUUAAUGUGAAGAAUUUUCCUCCUCUGGAUGAUAUUAGUGUCGAAAUACUUCCAGUGCCUUCCAGCUCCAAUGUUGACUCUACUAUUUUGCCUCCAGCUUUUAUCCCAUCACAAACCAACAAUGCACCAGCACCUGUGAGGAAGAAUGUUGAAGGGCUUCAGGUUGAUAACCCUUUUCCAAAUAUGCAUGAGAUGAUGCCAUCUGUUCCUGAGUUUGAGACAAAAUUUGAAGAGGGCAGAGCUGUUGGACCAGUAAUGGAUGCUUCUUUUGUCGAUAAUGAUUUUGAAUACUUGCAGAUUAUCAAGAAUGAAGACCUUGAAGAACUUAGGGAACUUGGUUCUGGCACAUUUGGAACUGUAUACCAUGGAAAAUGGAGGGGGAGUGAUGUGGCCAUUAAGAGAAUAAAGAAAAGCUGUUUUGCAGGACGAUCUUCUGAGCUAGAAAGAUUAGCAAAUGAAUUCUGGGGUGAAGCUGAAAUCCUCUCAAAGCUUCACCACCCUAAUGUUGUGGCUUUUUAUGGCGUUGUGAAAGAUGGGCCAGGUGGUACCUUGGCAACUGUAACUGAGUUUAUGGUUAAUGGUUCUCUUCGGCAUGUCUUGCAGCGAAACAAAAACCUUGAUCGGCGUAAGCGGCUUAUCAUAGCAAUGGAUGCAGCAUUUGGACUGGAGUAUUUGCACUCGAAAAAUAUUGUGCACUUUGAUUUGAAGUGCGAUAACUUGCUCGUGAAUCUUAAAGAUCAGUCGCGCCCUAUAUGUAAAGUUGGUGAUUUUGGGUUAUCCAAAAUUAAAAGAAACACCCUGGUUUCAGGUGGUGUAAGGGGGACCCUCCCAUGGAUGGCCCCGGAAUUACUCAACGGGGGAAGCAAUAAGGUGUCUGAGAAGGUUGAUGUAUUUUCCUUUGGCAUUGUCAUGUGGGAAAUCCUCACUGGAGAAGAACCAUAUGCCAAUAUGCAUUAUGGUGCAAUUAUAGGGGGGAUCGUAAACAACACAUUGAGGCCGCAUGUGCCAGCCUCAUGUGACCCGGAGUGGAGAAGACUAAUGGAGCAAUGCUGGGCCCCGGAUCCGGCACAACGCCCGGCCUUCACAGAGAUUGCUGGGCGACUCCGUUCCAUGUCUGUCGCGGCAAGUCAGGCAAAGGCAAGCUCCAAAUAAAGGAUGCAGGUGGAUUACUUGUUUUAUGCUCCAAAUUAUGGCUUUUGUUUUUAUUGAAAGUUUAUGCAUACGUGUAUGUUAUAGAGGUGUAAAGUUAGUCAUUAGUGCUCUCAUUUAUACCAUCUCAUGAACUGGUCUGUAUCCAGUUACAUUUUUACAUGACGAUUUAUUUGGGGGUUGUAUGAUGUACAAAGCUUAACUUGGACUUUGCUGAAACAUUAUCUUGUAAAGCUCCUCGUCAUAAGCAGAAAACAGAGGUGAAAGUGUAUGCAGAAUGCUUAUAGAGAUACUAUACUAUAUACUGUACAAUUAGGCCUUGUACUAGGAUACUAUACUAUAUUCUAAGAUAACGAGGUCGGUAUUAUGUGUGUAUUUGACA